UAAAGACAUAUUUAGAAUGCUUUUUCGCGGUCACCUCGGAUCCCAAAAGCGCAAAUGCCGUCCCUCCAAAGCUAUAAGUCCUUGGGUAUAUUCUUAUUGUGAUAGAGUCCACAGAAGUUUGCACAUUAUUUAAUCUUGUAUCUCACGCAUGUAAAAACUUAGAACGAAAUCUAAUAACAAUAAAAAUUGUGAAUAUUUUAAAUAAAAGUUUUGGUUAAGUUUGUAUUUUGUUUGGUAUUUUCAUUUUGUUACUUACAGUACCUAUUGUGAUGUUUAUUUGUCAAUUCUCUGAAUUCUUUAGCUUAAGGGUUGAGGUGCAUCUAAUUAGGUAUGUACCGCGGCCCCGUCCCGG